AUGUCCGUCCUGCUGCACGUGCUGCUGGUCCUCUGCCUGAGCGUCGCACAGGGCGGUUGUCUGUAUUCUAGCCAUCACUGGGGGGAGUGGAACGACUCUCAGCUUCUGCCAACAAUCCAGAAGCUGAUGAAAGGAUACAACCGCUACCUCAGGCCAAACUUCAACGAGGGCCCUGUUGAAAUUGGAAUGAGUCUCGAUAUCGCCAGCAUUGAUGCCAUCUCCGAAAUCAACAUGGACUACACUGCAACCAUCUUCCUCCGUCAGCGGUGGCGCGAUUCCAGGCUGGUGUUCCCGGGCAAUGAGAGCAUCAGCGUGGACGGGCGCCUCGUGUCACUGCUCUGGAUCCCUGACACCUUCAUCCCGGACUCCAAGCGCUCCUUCCUGCAUGACGUCACGGUGGAAAACCGCCUCAUACGCAUCUUCAGCAACGGAACUGUUCUCUACGCCCUCCGCAUCACAGCGACGAUUGCCUGCAACAUGGACCUGACCAAGUACCCCAUGGACAGACAGGUGUGCACCCUGCAGCUGGAGAGCUGGGGCUACAACCUGCAGGAUGUGGUGUUCUACUGGACCAGAGGGAAUGAUUCAGUGAAGGGUCUUGACACACUGCGGCUGGCUCAGUACAGUGUAGAGAGCUACUAUACGUCAGUCUCAGAGGCUGUGUAUGAGACAGGACAAUAUCCCAAGCUGGUGUUGCAUUUUGCACUGCGCAGAAAUGUGCUGUUCUUCAUCUUGGAGACGUAUGUUCCCUCCAUACUGCUGGUGGUUCUCUCCUGGGUCUCUUUCUGGAUCAGCCAGUCCUCUGUCCCAGCCAGGACCUGCAUUGGCGUGACAACAGUCCUGACAAUGACCACACUGAUGAUGGGCGCCCGCACCUCCCUGCCCAAUGCCAACUGCUUCAUCAAGGCCAUAGAUGUCUACCUGGGAAUCUGCUUCACCUUCAUCUUUGGCGCACUGCUGGAGUACGCCUGUGCUCACUUCUGCACCAUGCAGCACCAGACCAUAGAGGAUUUGCACAGGGAUCUUCUAAAGGAGUUCAAUGAAUCCAAUGGAAACGGCUCCAUCCCCAUCAUCACCAGCACUCAACAAAACCAGUCCGUGGAGAUUGGCUCCACUGCAGAGGAGCCCACAGAGCAGUCAGCGGGCAGUGACUGUAGGAGCAAUGGUGCAUCAAAGGAGAAGAAGGCAGGACAGGGCUGCGGCCGUAGGGCAGUGUCAGUCUUCACUGUGGAAAAUCCACACAACAUUGAUCGCCACGCUCGCACUGCUUUCCCCACGGCGUUCCUCUUUGUCAAUAUCCUCUACUGGCUCUACUAUCUCUUUCUCUGA